AUGCCUGUUUCCGGACUUUCUGUCAACCCGGACUGCGUCUCUGCGUUCAAUGAGCUGAAACUUGGCCGUGGGGGCCCGAAGUACAUCAUCUACAAAAUCUCCGAUGACCAGAAGGAAAUCGUGGUGGAUGAGAUGGGCAAAGAACCUGAUUAUGAUACUUUCAGAGAAAAGCUCAUCUCCAAAAAGGAGUCGAGUGGCAAGGACAGACCCUCAUAUGCCAUCUACGACGUAGAAUUCGAGCUCGAGGGUGGUGAGGGAAAGAGAUCCAAGAUUGCGUUCAUUACCUACAUCAACCAAGACAACACUGGCGUCAAGUCUCGCAUGGUCUACGCUAGCUCUCGUGAGACCUUGAAGAAUGCUCUCAACGGAAUUGCCAUGAACUGGCAAGCAAAUGAUCCAGGCGAGUUGGAAUGGGCCGAUUUGCUCAAGGAAGCCAGUAAAGGCAAAGGCACAAUCUAA